AUGUCAAUUGAAUGCAAUGAAGAUGAACUUGUGCCGCCUAAGUGGAUGGAUGGAGCAUUCUUUCUGAAAGUGGCUGGGAUCCAGCCUCUCAAAAGGGAGACCACAAAAUACAAAUACAAAUACAAAUGCAACAACAGCAGAGUCAAGGAACAGAUAGUCAUCAUAAAAACUGUACCAGAACAGCACUCGGCGAAGUACCAGCAGCUGAGCGGCUUGCAUUUCUUUGCCAAUGAGGAACUUAUCUACAGCGAGGUGAUACCAAAAUUUGAAGCUAUUUGGCGGCAUUAUGGAGAAAAUAUCAAAUUCGGUGGACGCGCCCUUUACAGCGCACUUCAGCCGCAUCCCGUUAUUGUGUUGGAAGAUUUAUGUCUUGCCGGCUACGACAUCUUGCGCGACCGCCUGUUCAAGCUCGACGAAGUCAAGGCAUGUCUGCACAAGUUGGCCUGCUGGCAUGCUGUCAGCCAUAAAGUGACACUGCAACAACAACGAGCCGUCAACCGCACACCACCCGUGUCGACCGCGUCAGCAGAGUGUGAGCGCGCUGCCCGGGCGGCAGUGGUGUCGCUGCAUCACGGCCUCUUCACCGCAACGAAUCUAAUGAAUACGGCAUACAUGCACAAUGGCUUGCGAAACAUGAUUGCGGCUCUCGAGCAGGCAGGUGGACUUGAAGUUUAUUUAACCAAAUUGCGCGCCAUGCAGCCGCAAUUGUUGGAACGUUGUCUGGAAAUGAACAAUGCGUACGUGGCGGCGGGGGUGGAGGGACCCAUUUAUGUGCUCAAUCACGGUGACUUUCACACACGUAACCUGAUGGUGCGGCAGACAGCCGAUGGCCGCGUGGAGGAUGCGGUAUUUAUUGACUUUCAAGCGAGCUUUUUAGGUCCUUCCGGCUGCGAUUUGCAGUACUUGAGUGUGACCUUGUUCGAUCGGCAGCUGCGCGAUGAAAAGCGUGAUGAGCUUUUCAGCUUUUAUUUUCAGUGCUUUGUUGAGGGCCUGCGGCGUAAGCUGCAGUUCACUGGUCACGUACCAAGCUUUGAUGACUUCACAGCAGAUUGCAAACGUUGGCGACAUUUCGAAAUUUACUUGCUGACUACGAAUUUACCAUUGACCGCGCUCAACCCCGCAAAGGGCUGCAAUGUUGCCAUAAAUCGAAUAUUUAAUGAGAAAAAAUAUCGCAGCUUUUAUUAUAGAAACCCUGACUACAUUGCAUAUUUGCGGGAAUUAUUACCGAAAUAUUUGACUGAUGGCUAUUUAGAUGCGAGGUUCAAAGUAUUCCUAAAAUGUGCUUACAAUAGUUAA